AUGCAGUUCGCCGCCAUCUUCGCCACUGCCUUCGCGCUCGUCGCCUCUGCCACCGCUGCCACCCCAUCGUACCCCAUCAACAACGGUACCACCCCAGCACCAGCCGGCACUGCUGUCGCCAGUGGCACUGGCGCUCCAUCAUCGUCAAGCUCUUCGGCCAGCUUCCAGCCAGGCGAGAACGCUGCCAGCACCCUCUCCACCGGCGCCUUGGGUCUCCUCGUCGUUGGCGGUAUCGCCAUGGCUCUCUAA